UCCGGAUGGCCGACAGCGGAGGGUCGUUGCCCAGCAGUUCACCUCCGCCAUCGGUCUUGACCGCCACCGGCAGGUCCCACUCGGUCACGGACGUCUCCUGCGGGAGGGGCGACAGGGGAACCGUGCUCGGCGGCCAACUGGGCGCCCUCGGCGUCAAGAGGCCUACGUCUGCAACUCCAGGAUUCCAGCACAGAGGCCUGGGCACGGUCCAGAGGUCGUCGUCACUCUGUGCGGAGGGAGGGCAGGAGCCGUUGAGGGUCACCGCCAUACAGAGGUCCAUGUCUCUGGCUCUGGACGAGAGACCUAGGUUGAGCCCUCUGGUACUGGGAGAGCUCCAGACUCUAGCAUCACCAUCGACUCCUAUGGAAACUGAUGGCACCUCCUCCAACAGUCUGGCCGGUUUCCUGGAUGCUCAUUCGCAGACACACGGACACACCCCAUCCAACAGCAGCGUCACCAGUUCGUCAGCUCCCUGCACACCGUCCUGUGACAGCCCAGUCUUCCAAAGCAGUCCAUUCGUCAGUGCCAACGAGUACCAGCAUCGCACAGAAAGGACGUGUGAACCCGUAACUGUCAGCAGUGGGGUUGGGUACCCAGAGUUUUCCACCAACACGGCACCGCCAGUGCCUCAAACGUCACCCAACAUGCACGCACCCCCCACUUUCACUUUUCUGACUGGAGAACCAGUGGCACCGCAACCGUCACCACAGAACAGCAUAUUGUCUGGAAGCUAUCCCCAGAGUGUGACCAAUCUCCAAGCGAGGGCACCCCAGCCCCAGCACGUCCCCUGCAUCGUGGGGCACCAUCCGGCGGGACCGCCAACAAACCAGAGCCACCAGGUGACGAACCCGAGCCGUGCGGUCACUCCCGGAGGGUCACCGCUGGCGCGACGGCCCCCACCCCCUGGUCCCAGGUAUUUUGACAGACCGGAUGACGACAUUCCAGGUCUCCCCAUCCCCCAAACGACUGCAGUGAAGGACUACUGGAGGGCCCCGUAUUGGGUCGGCGACCACCAACAGGGCAGUCCGGCGUACUAUCAGAAUGGCACCGACCAUUACGGACAAAAUCAGUGUUGCCAGGGCUGUGAUGGAAUACCGGCGCAAAGCCACGUCUAUGACCAGCACCAGUGGCUGCAGAUGCAACAACAAAGGGCUGCAGCUUGCCAACCACCUCUUCCAGUCACAGGUGGAGACAGGCAGAACGCGGCAGCGCCGUCGACGACGACGACGCAGACGUCGACGGGCAAGUCGCGGAAGGAGCGGACGGCGUUCACCAAGUCGCAGAUCCGGCAGUUGGAAGAGGAGUUCUGCCGCUCCAACUACCUCACCAGGCUGCGCCGCUACGAGAUCGCCAUCCUACUGGACCUCAGCGAGCGGCAGGUGAAGGUGUGGUUCCAGAAUCGGCGUAUGAAAUGGAAGCGCACGAAAGGUGUGGCAGGAAGUGGUAGCCGGAAAGAGAAACGUGAACAGAAGCAACAGCAGCAGCAGCAACAGCAACAUCAUCAUCAACAACAACAGCAGCAACAACAACAGCAACAGCAGCAGCAGCAGCAACAACCAAACCAACAGCAGAAGCAUACUAUCAGCUGGCCCAUACAGCUACACCCUUGACGACGACAACAACAAUAACAACAACAAUGGCAAUACAUUUUCUACCAGUACCUGACUAGCAAGUGAACUUUAAGGACAGUUUUGCAUUCUGUGGAUACCAGAUGAAACACACUAUUGUUACCAUGUUUGAUCCCAGUCUGCUUAUGUGUCAUGCACUACAGUUGUGAACUCUCUGUGAGAACAAACAUGCAUUCAUGUGUCCCAGCUGUGGUCCAUAUCUGUGUUCAU